AUGAAGACCGCCGUCCUUGCCUCCCUUAUCGCCGCCGCUUCGGCUUUCGCCCCUGCUCAACAAGGAGCCACCAAGACCUCCUUGAACAGCUUCGAGAACGCCCUUGGAGCCCAAGAUCCUCUUGGAUUCUUCGAUCCUCUUGGCCUUGUCGCUGACGCCGACCAAGAAAAGUUCGACCGUCUUCGUUAUGUUGAGAUCAAGCACGGACGUAUCUGUAUGCUUGGAGUGCUUGGAUACUUGACCACUGCCUCUGGUGUCCGUCUUCCAGGAACCAUCGACUACGCCGGAACCAAGUUCUCUGACAUCGCCACUGGAUGGGAGGGAACCACCCAAGUUCCUGUUUCUGGAGCCCUCCAAAUUUUCGCCUUUGUUGGCUUGUUGGAGUUGGCCGUCAUGAAGGACGUCGUUGGAGGAGAAUUCCCAGGUGACUUCCGCAACAACUACAUCGAUUUCGGAUGGGACUCUUUCGAUGCCGAGACCAAGCUUCAAAAGCGUGCCAUCGAAUUGAACAAUGGCCGUGCUGCCAUGAUGGGUCUUUUGGGACUUAUGAUCCACGACAAGCUCGGAAACGUCAGCGAAUUGUUCCCAGGAAACUAA